CCCGCUAACCCUCUCCACCCUGGACUCGGGCAGCGGCCUGGUACCCCAGCGUCCAUCUGCGGCUCAGAGCCAGCAAGGGCGCUCCUGGGGCCCCGGCUGGCCGCGCUCCCCCGGGAUGAGAGUCCCUGCGCUGACGGUGGACAGCGGAGCGCACGGGCGCGGCUGCUCCCUGUGCACAGGGAUGCUGCUGUCACAGGGGCCCCGGCAACCCGCGGUGGCCAGUCCCGCGGGUCCCUGAGGCUGCCGUCCCGAGCGCGCCGCCGCCGGGCUCCUGGAGCUGCCCAGGGCGCCCUCCCCAACAGCCGAACCUCCUGGGGUCCUCUGGCCCGGACCCAUGGAGCCGGCGGUGCUGGCCCCGCACAGCCUCCCGCACCACGAGCCAAUCAGCUUCGGCAUUGAUCAAAUCCUGAGCGGCCCCGAGCCCCCGGGGGGCAGCCUAGGCCCCGGCCGCGGGGGCCCGGGUCAUGGGGAGAAUGCGGCGUUCUCGGGUGGAUUCCACGGAGCCUCAGGUUACGGCCCCGCGGGCUCGCUGGCCCCACUGCCCGGCAGCUCCGGCGUGGGCCCGGGCGGCGUGAUCCGAGUCCCGGCGCACCGCCCGCUGCCCGUGCAGCCGCCCGCAGCAAGUGCGCCUGCGGUGCCUGGGCCCUCGGGUUUGGGCGGCGCCGGGGGCCUAGCCGGACUCACCUUCCCCUGGAUGGACAGCGGCCGCCGCUUCGCCAAGGACCGGCUUACGGCCGCGCUCUCGCCCUUCUCCGGGACGCGCCGCAUAGGCCACCCCUACCAAAACCGGACGCCCCCGAAACGGAAGAAGCCGCGUACGUCCUUCUCACGCUCGCAGGUGCUGGAGCUGGAGCGGCGCUUCCUGCGCCAGAAGUACCUGGCCUCCGCCGAAAGGGCGGCGCUGGCCAAGGCCCUGCGCAUGACAGACGCACAGGUCAAGACCUGGUUCCAGAACCGGCGCACCAAGUGGCGGCGCCAGACGGCGGAGGAGCGCGAGGCCGAGCGGCACCGCGCGGGCCGCCUGCUCCUGCACCUGCAGCAGGACGCGCUGCCGCGGCCCCUGCGGCCGCCCCUGCCCCCGGACCCGCUCUGUCUGCACAACUCGUCGCUUUUCGCGCUUCAGAACCUGCAGCCCUGGGCCGAGGACAACAAGGUGGCCUCCGUGUCGGGGCUCGCCUCGGUGGUGUGAGCGACGCCCGCUCGACUGGCCAAGCGCUCUUUUCGGACCGAGGCGCCGCGUGGAGCGGCGGGCCUGGGUCGGUGA